AUGCUCAUUUUAGUUUUAUUUUCACACCUCCUCUUAUUCUCCGAGGCCUCGGCGGCAGGUCCGCUGAGGCGAGGAGAGAGAUCGAGACAGCGUGAUGCGCUAGGGUUUUCAAAGGUUUAUAGGUUCGCGAAUACCAGUAGCAUCGCUACCACGACGACUACUCCCUUAUCAACUGAGACCUCUUCGACCUUAAUCACGAGCGAGACAUCCCAAGCGUCAACGUUAUCUUCAUCUCAGUCAUUGACAUUUACAACAUCAGCGCCUGGGUUGACUUCAUCGUUGGUUGUGGUUACUUCAAGUGCGACUUCCACCUCAGGCCCGGUUGGGUCCAGCUCUUCUACUUCGAUAUCUCGGUCGUCUACAUUAAGUGAGAGUAGUAGCAUUCCAACCUUUGACUUCUUCCCAUCUUCUACAGUUCCUAUUGGUCCUCCCGCGUCUACUGCAGACUUGGCUGUUUCCAGUUCAACCGUGGUUGCUGCUCCGUCGAACUCGACUGGGAGCUCAUCUCAGGAAUCCACCGGGCUAUCUCUGUCUACGUCAUUGGCUCUUCCCCUUGCGCCAACAUCUUCAGUAAUAUCUCUUACUAAGUCUCAAUCGACGGCGACCGAGCAGAGCCAAACGACACAGUUGACGAGAAGCAGUUCUGCGGCUUCGGAGUCCACCACGUCCGUAAAUUCUAACACAAAUGCUGCAAGUCCUUCCACACUGGCAAGCAGUAAGAGUGCUAGUAGUCUAGAAAGUUCAUCUGCAUCAGCCACUACAUCGGUCACCACAUCCUCCCAACUGACUACUGCUUCAUUCGCAUCAGUUGUUAAAUCAUCUUAUGUGUCUCAUCCAGUAACGCCAACAGGGACAUUAAAUGACCAGGUUCCUACCAUCAUUAGCUCAAUUCCGGCUUCGUCGACGACAGUUUCCCCCGAAGUACUUGCCAGAAACCUGGCCGAUGCAAAGAGUUAUAACAAGGUCUUCGCCGACCUGACUGAGGAAUCUGCUUGCGCUGUUGGUCAAGUUGCCUGUGUUAAUGGGAAUAUUGGAAAAUGUUCUAGCGCCGGCGCAUUUGAGAUUACCCCUUGUGCAGACACUUUGACCUGUUAUGCCUUGCCGAUGACCACAGUUGAGGGCGUUCAGAUUGGUUGCUGGGAUGAUGCUACCGUUCGUAAAGCUUUAGGCGGCGAUGUACCUCCCGUAGGAAGCUCAACCUCUGCUGGCUCAUCUACAGAAACUGAGACUUUUGAUGGCACUCUAGUCACUGUAACAGUCACACCGACAGCCACCAGGACGGCUCAGACCACCAUAAAUCUCGGCUCAUCUACACAAACCCCUUCAGAAACGAGCUCUUCAAAAACAAGUUCUUCAGAAACCAGUUCUUCAGUUCCUGCUCAACCGUCAGAGAAAACAGUAACAAUUACCCAUUACGUGCCGACCACUUUCAGCACCGCAACCCGGUCCUCAAGCUCUCCGUCACCUCCUAAAAUAGUUACGGAAACUGUAACUGUAACGCCAUCCAGCCCCCAAGUCUCGACCUCUUCACCAAUUGAAACACCCCUGCCGCCCACGAUUACAACGACAAUAGUGCAAACUACCCCCACUGAUUCUGGCCUCCACGUCAUCCCAAUCGAGACGGAUAUUAUCGACUUUCCUGGUCUUGGGGACAUCGGAGGUGAUAGCGGGGAUGAUCCAAAGGGUGCACCCUUUUUCACGAAGCCUAAUAACUUUGGCGUUACAUCCAUGACAUCACCUACCCCCGCUACUGUCACUGUAACAGAGAAAGAGACGGUGACAACGAUCACGACGGUAACGGAUACGAUUGUUACCACUAUAAGAGAUUAG